AAUGCAGGGUUUGUCCUUACCCCUGACGUCAGAUCUUGCUUUAAUAAAACCCCCCAAGGGCUGUGGGAAGAGCCAGAGCCGGUGCUCCUGAUGGGCGGGCCAGUCUCUGCCCAGCUCCCCCGAGAGGUGGAGGAUCUUCUGGGCUGCUCGUCGAUGCCUUUGCCACUGACUUCCAGGCAUGAGGUGGUUCCUGCCCUGGACGCUGGCAGUAGUGACCGCAGCAGCCGUGGGCAGCGCCCUGGCCACGGCCCUCUCUCCAGCCCCCAUGGCCAUGGCUUUCACCCCAGGGCCACUGGAGGACACAUCCUCGAGACCCCAGUUCUGCAAGUGGCCAUGCGAGUGUCCGCCGUCCCCACCCCGCUGCCCACUGGGGGUCAGCCUCAUCACCGACGGCUGCGAGUGCUGCAAGAUGUGUGCCCAGCAGCUCGGGGACAACUGCACAGAGGCUGCUGUCUGUGACCCCCACCGGGGCCUCUACUGCGACUACAGUGGGGACCGCCCGAGGUACGCAAUAGGAGUGUGUGCACAGGUGGUCGGCGUGGGCUGCGUCCUGGACGGAGUGCGCUACAGCAACGGCCAGUCCUUCCAGCCCAACUGCAAGUUCAACUGCACGUGCGUGGAUGGCGCGGUGGGCUGCACGCCCCUGUGCCUCCGAGUGCGCCCCCCACGCCUCUGGUGCCGCCACCCACGGCGGGUCAGUCUGCCUGGCCACUGCUGUGAGCAGUGGGUGUGCGAGGACGAAGCCAGGAGGCUGCGCAAGACAGCACCGCGACACACGGGCGCCUCAGCGGCCGUGGGUGAGGUCGAGCCAUGGCACAGGAAUUGCAUAACCUACACGAGCCCCUGGAGCCCCUGCUCCACCAGCUGUGGCCUGGGCAUCUCCACGCGGGUCUCCAACGUCAACGCCCGCUGCUGGCCCGAGCAGGAGAGCCGCCUCUGCAACCUGCGGCCCUGUGAUGUGGACAUCCGUCUGCACAUCAAGGAAGGGAAAAAGUGUUUGGCCGUGUACCAGCCAGAGGCGCCCGUGAACUUCACCCUCGCCGGCUGUGUCAGCACGCGCACCUACAGGCCCAAGUACUGCGGGGUCUGCGCGGACAACAGGUGCUGCGUCCCCUACAAGUCCAAGACCAUCGACGUCUCCUUCCAGUGUCCCGAGGGGCCUGGCUUCUCCCGCCAGGUCCUGUGGAUCAACGCUUGCUUCUGCAACCUGAGCUGUAGGAACCCCAAUGAUAUCUUUGCUGAUUUGGAAUCCUACCCUGACUUCUCAGAAAUUGCCAAUUAGGGAGGUACGAAACAUAGGGCCCAGGCCUGGCGGGCGCUCGCAAAGCAGCCAGCCCUCUGAGGCCCAACACUGAGCCUUCUCUUGUCCACUUCCUAUUCAUUUCUGAUGACCCUGACCCCUCCCCUCUGAUGAUCCUUGGCCCCUCCCCUGUCUCCAACCACCCAAAUGACCCACUAUGCUGCUGCUCAGGCCCUGACUAUGAGUCCCAUCCUUGGCAGCAUUCUGGAUACAUCCCAAAGAAAGUGCCUGUCUCCAUCUGUUCUGGACAACACCAAAGACUGACCCGGCCUGUGCAAGUCACUGGGAGGUCUCCUGAGUCCCAUGGAACAGGAUCGGCUGGACAUGCAAUACCACUGAUUCCCUCUUGAGAUGCCAAACCAGGAAACUCUUUGGAUCCACUCAAAAGGACAGAUGGAUUGAGGACAAUGGAAUAGUCUAUUACUUGAGCCCUGUUGCAUGGCACUAUAAUAGACAGUUUUGACCACAGCACCCCAAAGUAGUUCUGAUUCCAAAGAUUUGUGUGCCCCAAGGUCACCAAACAUCUGCCAAGGGAGGUGAAUAGUAGUUUGGUUUGGAUUUUUCAAGGAAAAUUGUAUCUAUUACUCCGGGCAUUGUUGAGGUUAAGUUUCUCUUCACUCCUGUGCUGUGAAGGGUACAUGUUGUAUUCAUUUCUGUUAGAAAGGCAGUUUGAUAAAUUUCAUUUUUGUUCAUGGCAAAAGUCCCUAGUCAAUGCUCCAAGGACAGAGCAAGGUCAGACAAUUUUCAGAAGGAGCGACGGACCCCAGCAUGAAUCUCCCUGCCCAUCACCAGGACAUCAGGAUGGGCCAGAUUCUUCCUUAAACCCAGAUCCCUGCCCAGCCUGGAGGCUCAUGGGAGCUGGUGGAGCCCCUGGGGUGGCCUCUCUGACCCCUGAGAGUGGUAUCCUGGGACAUUCCUCUGUACUUAGGGAGCCUCAACAAGUCCAGGCCAGACCCUCCUGCAAUGACCAAGAGGUCCAGGCCGGGUGUGGGUUAGGCCAAGAACUGGUCUAAUCUGCAUCAGUCUGGGUGGCAAGAGUCACUGGGCUCAGGAUACACCGUCUCUUUCUGCCUCAGUGACCCACUUCAUAGACUUUGGGUCUGCUGACCUCACACAACCCAGUUCUGGUGUGAAGACAGAGGUUUACCAGUUGUUUAGAAACAGAAACCUAUGUAAUAGGAUGAAAAGCCAAAGACGUCAAAGCUACCAGGAAGACAAGGUUGUCACUAGUGGAAAUGAGGCUAGUAUUUAUUAUAUUAGUAAAAUAUAAAUAUUUACUGUUAUAAUUCUUUUAUUUAGUACCUGCUAUGUGCCAUGUUCUCAGUGCUUUUCACACACUAGCUCAUGGAGACUUCGGGAUCAUGUUGAAAGUGCCCAUUAUUAUUUCUGUUGUUACAAAUGUGAAAUGGCAGCUCAGAAAGGUAAGAAAUUCGACCAAAGUCACCCGGCUGGUACGUGGGGGCAGCAGGAUUCCAAUGCAAGCUGGACUGACUUGAUAACCAUAUUUUUUCCCUACUUUUAGAGCUUUCAGAUGUGUCAGAGCAGGAAAAGCAUGUCAAAAUAAGCGAUUUCUCGCUCUCAGUUUUUUGCUCUUUUUUACUGUCUCUACAGGUCCUUUUACAAGAGAAGAGAAUCUGACAUUCAGCUAAUUUAGGUGCCUGACUGUCCAAAACCACAUAUAGACAAAAGCCAUGCAUUCCCUAUACUUCACCCCCUCCUUUAGAUCAGAACCCACACUCCACGCAUUUACAAGGUGGUUUGGUUUCCCCAACUCUGGGUAUUGUAUGAUGCGCAGUUAAGGGAAUUCUGGGUGGGUGGCAGAGGGACUCCUAACCAGGCAAAAGGGGCUGAAAUGUGUCCUUCAUACUGUGACCUCCUGAGUGCCCCGCCCAUUGCAAGGCGCACAGUGGUGCUCCAGGUGGAGCUGGUGAAUAAAAGACAUUGUCCCUACGUUUAUUUAGAAGCCCUCUUCUUCCAAAGGUGUGUGACAAUCUAACUUUUAUCAGCUGGAUCUUACUCUAAGUGUCAUAGGAAAAGAGACAUGAAAUAUUUCAAGAAAUGUAUGUUUUAUUUAAAAAACACACAAACCAACACAAACAUUCUGUGUGAGGAGAAUUUACCCCAUGAACAAUCUCUUCUAUAAGUCUGUGUGGACCGUGUUAGAUUUUCUUAGGGUGAAAUCACCUGCCAUCUACAAAGUGCAAGGACUCAGUGACAGCUGAUCCUACUUGAAAUUCAGCAGAAGCCCAAGAGCUAGGUUCUCACUGAAUUGACAUCCUAGUUUGGGAACCUAAGCACAGCUUCUGGGAUCCUAGGAAGCCUGGUGGGAGGAAUUGGGGGUUAUCCUGGGAAUGGUGGGAAGGGCUGGGGUGGCCACAACACCCCAGUUAGUAUUGUUUUGAGAAAUGGACCUGCCCUAUGCAGGUGCCAGUUGGAAAGUCUCAGAUCCAAGUGUGAGUAGAAACUUGGGCCCAAUAAGGAGGCAGUGAGAAUUACCCUGCCUCGGUGUGACCUACUUCAGGAGAAGUUAAGAGUAACAAUCCUAAUGAGAUAAUGUGUGGUUACUCAGUGCCAAUCACUGUGCCGUUUUCAUUAUCUUACUAAUUACCACGGUAAUUUUAAGUAAGCCUCUCUUCUCCAUCCUGUAAAUGGAAAAUCUGAGACUCAAAGGGGCUGAGAAAUCAGCCCCCAAAAGCUGACACCCAAAUCGCAGCGUAUUCCUCUCUGCCUUGCUCUUGGGGAGGCCUCAGGGCGGAGCACGAGUGACCCCUGUCAGAGUGUCACUGUGGCAGGGGAGACAAAGUCCGUCAGACAGGUCGCCUUGCCCAGCCCUGUAACUGCGUGUCCUCAGACAGGGGGAGACACACUGAAGUUCAGAGAGC